GUCUCUAAAGUAGUUGUUUAUAGAAACAGGUAAACAGCCCAGACAUCUAUAAGGAAAGAGUUCUAAAAGAGUUCCCAACUGAGAAAUGUUGCUGAAGGGUAAGGGGUGGUGGUGGGUGGGUGGGUGGUGUUUGGUCCUCAAGCUCAAGUGUGAUUCCUUUAUUUGUGAAUUGCUUGAAUGCAAAACAAAUGGAUGUGUCUACACUUGUUGCAUUUAUUCAGCACUCUCUUCUUUUUCAAACUGUGUCCUAUCUGCAUAGUACCACAGAAUCAAACAGGUGACUCUGAAUUCUUCCUCCUGGGACUGUCAGAUGACCCAGAGCUGCAGACUCUUCUGUUUGGCCUGUUCCUGGCCAUGUACCUGGUGACCAUGCUGGGGAACCUGCUCAUCAUCCUGGCCAUCAUCUCUGACUCCCACCUCCACACACCUAUGUACUUCUUCCUUUCCAAUCUGUCCCUGGCUGACAUCAGUUUCAGCAGCACUACAGUCCCCAAAAUGCUGGUGAACCUCCAAACAUACAGCAAGUCCAUCACCUAUGCAGGCUGCCUAACUCAGGUCACGUUUUUUUCUCUAUUUGCAAGUUUGGAGAGUCUACUUCUGGCCGUGAUGGCUUAUGACCGGUUGGUGGCCAUUUGUCAGCCUCUGCACUACCUGCUCAUCAUGAACUCCCGCCUCUGUGGCUUGUGUGUCUUACUGUCAUUUUUACUCAGCCUUUUGGACUCCCAGCUGCACUACUUGAUGGUGUCACAACUCACCUUCUGUGCAGAUGUGGAAAUUCCUAAUUUCUUCUGUGACCCUUCUCAACUCCUCAACCUUGCCUGUUCUGACACUUCCACCAAUAACAUAUUGACCUAUUUUAUUGGGGUCAUCUUUGGUGGUGUUCCACUGUCUGGGAUCCUUUUCUCAUAUACACGAAUUGUUUCCUCCAUUCUUAGAGUCUCAUCUUCAGAGGGGAAGUAUAAGGUUUUCUCCACCUGUGGCUCUCACCUGUCAGUUGUUUGUUUAUUUUAUGGAACAGGUCUUGGGGUGUACCUCAGUUCCACAGUGUCAUCUUCCCUGAGGAAGGGUGCAGUGGCCUCAGUGGUGUACACUGUGGUAACCCCCAUGGUGAACCCCUUCAUCUACAGUCUGAGGAACAGAGACAUCAAGAGUGCCCUAUGGAGGGUGAUCAGAAGAAUAGCCUAAUCUCAACACCUCUGCCAUCUUUUUUGGUUCUUAGGACUGAAAAAAGUGACAAAAUGAAAUUGUGCAAUAAAAAAAUUCUGAAUAUUCAGUCACACAGUGUAUAUGUACCCAUAUGGUCCUCUGCUUAUGUCUACACAGUUUUUCCUCUUAGUACAACUGUAGUGGAAUUGGGAACUUACUUAUUUUGGACUCCAUACUUCAAUUAUAUACCAUCCAUGAUUACUCAUAACAUUUGGCCCUUUGGCACCAGUGCCAGCCAACUCUGAAGGAUCAUCUUAGACCCAGAGCUCCCUGGUGAUUUUAAGAGGCCUCUGAUGGGUUUCAAUGUGGCUUGAUUUUCCAUUGCUCUCCCUUGCUACAAAGAGUUCACCAAACCACACAGAGAGGGAACAAUACCUGCAAACUGUUUUCACUUCAGACACCAGUCAUAAGUUCAGGAGUCCCAGGGCCACUCUCACUUCAGACCAGUUGGACACAAUUAAGGGACUCCCUCACAUUCAAUAAUUUGCUAGAAUGACUCAAAGCAAGGGAGUUCCCUCAGGUUCAUCAGAAUGAGCCACAGAACUUAGGACAGUGCCAGACUUAUGAUUUCUUAUAGCAAAAAAAUACACAAUAAAACUAGUCAAAAGAAGACACAUGAGGAAAUAUAUGAAAGUUCCUAUAGGUAAAGCUUCUUGUUAUCCUCUCCCCAUGGGGUUCAGAUCCAUUACCUCCUCCUGGCCACAAUGUGAGAAAACAGUCAGAGUAUUGCUAACCAGGUAGCACACCUGAGCUUCAGUGUCCAGAGAAUUUACUGAGGUUUCAUAUCAUUGGUGGGAUAAAUUGAAUUAUAUCCCAUUUUUUAAGUCAUUCUCCAGCCUCCCUCCCCAGACGUUUGGCUGACAUCACCUAGCCUAAAGCACCAACCCUUCAUAUACAUGGUCUCUUCAGCACAAUCAAUUUUCAUCUUCAGUCUUCUUAUUAGCAUAAACUAUCAAGUAUGGUCUAUGGGAUCCACCACAAAUAACAAAUCCUCUCUGUCUCUAGCUAAAUUUCAAGUAUUUCAUAUUUACAAGUAUGUUAUGGUUUAAACUCAGAUGACAGUGGUAAUUGUGAGAGGCAAGGUAGAUAUAUGAUUGAACAACAAAUCCAGAAUAGCAGUCGGACUCUGUGACCCACAGGAUCAGUGGUAGUGGCAACAUAUCAUAGAUGAGGAGACAUCAAAGGCAUUGCUUAACCCAGAGAAUCCAAAAUAUCAAGGCAAGCCAGGAAAAGUCAGAUGUUAGCUACCAUGAUUGAAAAUCAUGGUUCAUCUUCCAAUAUCCAAUCCCAAGUCUGUUUAUAGACUCAAAUCCUAGAGGUUAGCUGGAUAUGGUUCACCCCUUUUCGAGGCCAGUUGGUGGCAUGGUGACUCCAUUAGACUCCUUCCAUUCUGGAGUAGGCAGCGAUUCAUGUUUAGCAAGGUGAAUGAAUAUUCGUGCAUUUAUCCUUUCCUGCCUACAGUGCCUGGGAAACACUACUAUCCAAAGAUUUAGGACAUCCAAUUUCUUUGUGGUGAAACAGAUAUGGAACUGAACAUGAUGUAUCAGGAGAUCACAAGUCCUAACAUAUUCUGCAUCACCUGAGCCUUUCAGCCUCACAUACCUACAGUGGCAAUUCUGUGACUCAAUUAUUGUUCUCUCGAGUUGCAUUGCAGUGUUCUGUCUUGGAACCAUUCCUAAAGAUAUGUCCCCCUGUAAGCUAGUCCCUCUCUAGACUCUUAUAUUUGUGUCUCAGUGAAUUCACCUGCAAAAUUAGACUGGACUGAACAACUUAUUUUUGCCUGAUCAAAUCUAACAUUCUGGAU